AUGAUAGAGGCAGACAGUCAUGCAUUAGAUCCAAAGGUCUCUGCAGAGUCUGCUCAACUGGUGAAGUCUCUGGUAGAGAAACAUCGCCGCACUGUCACGGAGGAGCAGGUGGAUAACUCUGCUUACAGCGGCGUGAGGGAUAUUAACUGGACGGCAAUCAAAGACUUUACUGCAGAAGUAGGGAAAGGGCAGAUCAGGGAGUACAUCCAAACCUGGGAAAUGCAGCCCUGUUGGCUCUACAGUUUGGAUUUCCUCCACUCAACAGAAGGAGACCACGACACUUUCUACCACUACAGGGCCCGCUUCAGCACCCCGACCCAGAGCAAGCCCAUACGGGGGACAGCUAGCGUCUACUUCGUCGUGGGGGUAUCUAAAGUCAAGCCUCGGAGUCUACCCGUGGAGGUGCUGUUUAUUGUGGAGUCAAACAGGCUGGUACACACACCCGGGAGGACCAGGUUCAGAGAGCAAUGGCUGGCUGACGUUACAGAGAGCAAGACUUUGCUCCGAAGAGCGGUGGACCUUUGAAACAGCAGAUACCAAACACCGCAUAACCACACA